AUGGUUGUUAGAUCAUUAGAUAUGGAGAAAGAUCCUUUUAGACCUCGAGAAAAGGAUGAAGAAUUGUUUGGUCCUGAAGUACCAUAUCUCAAUGAAAUUGGAGCACUAAUGUACCUUGCUAAUUAUACACAUCCUGAUAUAUCAUUUGCUGUCAAUCUAUUAACAAGAUAUAUUUCUUCACUUAUACGAAGACAUUGGAACGAAGUAAAACAUAUACUUCAUUACCUUAGAGGUAGAAUAGGCAUGAGUUUGUUUUAUACCAAAGUAUCCAAAUUCGAAUUAACAGGUUAUGCAGAUGCAUAUUACUUGUCAGAUCCUUAUAAUGGUAGAUCACAAAUAGGUUAUUUGUUUACAUGCAGUGGUACAACAAUUUCAUGGAGAUCAGUGAAACAAACCAUAUCAGCAACUUCAUCUAAUCAUGCAGAACUUUUAGCAUUACAUGAGAUGAAUGCACGUGGUGAACCAAUCAAUGAUUUACAAAAGAUCGAGAAGAUGUUGAGAUCUAUGGCUACAAGCUUUGAUUAUAUUGUAGUGUAUAUCGAAUGGUCCAAGAGCCUAGCUGAGAUGAAGUUGGAAGAACUUCAAGCUUCAUCAGAGGCUCAUGAGAUGAGAUUGAAGCAAAGAAACUCACAAAAAGAGAAAGUGGCAGAACAAGCACUGCAAGCAAGAUUCAUCAAGAAGUUUGGAAAAGAAAAGGCGAAGUUGAGAAAUAAUCUUGCUAAUGAUGAGAACUAA